AUGUCCACAAAAUCUACGCGUGGUCGUGGGGAUGGCGAUAGAAAUAACGAAAGGAAUGAAAUGGAUGUGGAGGGUGCUUUAGCGUUAGAUCUGGCAGAAUUGGAGGCAAUGUUGGCAAUCGAUAGCGAGCAAGUACGAUAUGACGAACAAGUCAAGGGAAGAGAUUUUCAAAGGGACGAAUGCUCUACAGCUUGUUCUUCUGCUGAUGCGCGCGGUAGUCAGUUUGUGAUAGAGUUUAAUUCAAGAAAGAGAAAACGGUCGAUUUCACAAGAUGAAAUGAAAAAACGGCGAAGACGAAGCGAUGCUAAAGGUCGAGUUUCUAAGAAGACAGAAUUACCGCUAUCCAUAACAGAUGAUGGUAAUCUAGAAGGUAGUGAUUCAGUUAGCGAUGGCAAUGCAUCUUCUGCAUCGAAAGAUAGAUCUGAUAAUACGCGACCUCAGAAUUCAGUGGAAUCGAGACUUUUAAUGGCAUUAACAACUCCUGCACCCAAAAUUGAUGACAACUCCAGUGUUUUUACCAAACCUUCACCACCAGAUGAUGUGAAACGCAGAAAUCCUCGUGUUUACUCCUACAGUCCGAUUUCACGAACUCGUUUGACUGUUCCUAAACGUCAGUUUUCCCCGGAACCUGUUCGGAAAACUGCUAAAAUAUUGAUUGGUCCAAGAAGGAUAACCGAAACAGUUCAUUUGUCAGAUUUGACGAAGAUUUUGUGCAAGGUGAAAGUCGGGGAAUUUUCACUGCCAUCUGGCUUUACAUUAAAAUAUAGGAAACGUUUUAUGGAUGAAUCGAAGUCGGAAACAAUUUCUGUGAAUUUGCAAGGGGCCUCUAAACCACCUGAUCACUACCGUCGAGGGCGAAAGCGGUUGAAUGUGAAUUCUACUGCAGGAAAAAUAUUUUCUGCUAAUUCAGUUGCCGAAACACCGGUACGUCAUGUUGCGAAGGAAGAAUCGCCAACUCCAUUAAAUAUAUCAAUUUCCAAGACUGCAAAAGGGAAGCCACGGAAAAGAGCAGCGCUGAUCAAAUUGAAGCGAGGCAAACCUCGUAAGAACUUUACAUUUCAUGUCUCCGGUGAAAAUACACCAGACUCAGGAUCACCGAAGAAUGCUCCCUUGACCUUAUGCUCAUCGAUAACCUCAUUGAAGGAUUCGAACUUAGAAUCAGCGCAGAAUGCAUCACUAUCCACAGCGUGUGUAACAGGUGUGUCACACUCACUGUGUUGCAGUGAUGGUCGUGGCAAUGAAGCUGAUGAGCAUGAGGAUUCGAAAAUUGAAGUUCUGGAUUCGGGUAUGUCGGUGAUAUUCAAUAACACUGUAGAUGGAUCCCAAACUAAUAGCACCAGGAAAAUGGAUGACAUUUUUGAUGCCGUAAAAGAUGAUGAUUAUGAUGAUGAUGAACGUUUACAUAUUGUGGAAACCGGUGAUGAAGAUGAUUCCUGUGAUGCCAAUAAUCGGCUUUUUGACGCCAAAAAGGAAGGGGAUCAGGACGACAUUGUAACUGGUGUUAUCGCCAAAUUAAUAGACCAGGUGUGUGAAGCACAUUCACUGGGUGUUAACUUGAUAAUGGAACCGCUACGGCGUCCAAAUACAAUUACAGCGGAGGAGUCACGUCGCGUUCCACCAUUGCGUAUACGUAUACCGCAGAGACGCGAGCCACGCCAACGUCGCCCUGCACGAGUACACGAUUAUUCUCCCCCAUUACCUGUUAGCAGAAUACAUCGUUCUGAAGAAAUGUUGAAGAAACGAACAGCUGUAACAUCAGCGGAAGUCUCUAGUGAUAUUCCUGCAGAAGCACGGCAGAAGAGAUCAACGGGGAAUAAAGAAGGUCAGAGGAAAUGCUCAUUCAGUAACAAAGAAACUGAUACAAAUCUACGAUUCCCAGAAAGUUUAAACCAGAAAUCUUCUGUUCUGCCCAAUCCGAGUUGUAUUACAUCUCCGUCAUCAGUAUUAGUAAGUAGUGGCCAUGAAGAGGAUAUGAUAACAACUUCGCCAGCUAUUUGCGAGGGGUUUAGUGACGUAAAUCCAUCAACACUGUCAUCUUCAGAACCUCCCCAAUCGGAAUGUCACAACAGUUUGUUAGAUUCAGUUUUCAAAAGAGGACAUGAGUGCGAAUCGACAGGUCGACUCACACGUAAAAGACCGAUUUCCUAUGAACAGCUCUAUCCUUCUUUAUUUAGCCGACGGCGUAAGUCAAAUACCGUCAAGACUCCUGCAGUGGCACAACUAAAUGUUUUUGACUCUGUUGAAUCCGAUGAUACUAAACUCAAAAGUGGUACCGAAGAUGGUGAUGCUCUUUUGUCAGGGUACUUACCGUCGAAGCAAAAACGAAAACGCGCGCAGAAUUCGAUUGCUGAUAGCAAGCAUUCUGAUGAGAAACAUCAGGAAUCGUUUGACGAAAAACUGGAAUUUGAUACAAAUAUUUGCAACUCCGAAGAAGGAAAGAUCAAUUCUUGUCCGAGAAGCAGUAAUUUGACAGAUUAUGAUGGUGAAUAUGAUGGAGCAAGCAGGAAGGCCUCAACUGAUGUGAUUAAAGCAGAGAGCAUUGGAAGUGCUGCAGACUUACAUCGUUCAGGAGAAAAAACAAGCAGUUCGGUGCGGGAUGGAAGAACUCUGUCAAUAUCUGAAGGAGCAGAGCAAGAUACAACAAUUAGCUCUACGAGUAUGCGUCGCCGCAGAGUCCGUUUAGAUUCAGAAGGAACGAACGAUUUGUCUUCGAACAUGUCGCAGUCAAUAUCGAAAGGUCAACGACGGAAAAGCAGUAUGUCAGUUGAUGUUGAUACUACAAAACCUGAGGGGAAUGAAAUCCAUAUUUCUACUCGAUUAAGAAACAAGCGAGCAGACUCAAAGUCAGCUCCUGAUAAAACAAAGCAGAAAUUACCACACCAAAACAUGCCAUAUUUCAAACGUAUUGCUCAGCGCCGAAAACUUAAUCCACUUGCCAUUGGUUUAAAAAGUCGUUCAAGCGACGACAAUCCGUCAUUUUUCUAUCGAGAAAUCUUGUUGCGAGGUGAUGAUCUAAAAAAAGAAGAUGGUGGGGAUGCAGUUGUGGAUGUGGAUUCAGAAUUAGCCGUCGAAGGUGAUGAUGAGGCGCCAGAUGGUCGUUCAGCAAUCAGUGUGGCAUUUGAAAUCAACAAGAUCAUACCGAGACCAGAAGUGGAUAACGAAGAAGAACUGAAAGUUGAACAUGGAUAUCUGCUAACGUUGGAUAACGUCAAAACAAUAUUUGCAAACGAAGUGCUGGAUCGAAAGCGUUUACUGAAUGACAUGUUAACCAUUAUCUCGGCGCAGUAUUGCUCCGAGGUUUCAUCCCAGAAUGUAUUUGGUGGUGCUUCAAUACGCUACAAUACGAUGGUGAAGAAUGCCCACCGAUUGCGAGAUAAGGCUUUGCUAUUCACUAAGGAUCAACGGGAGAAUGCAAAAUGGGCACACCAAAUAUUUCUUAGACAUUUGGUUUUACCAAUGUUGGCUACUUAUAUCGAUUUGUUGAGAUUUUGCAUGACAAUAGGUCGGUAUCUGCUAAAUUUCCUUCUAGACCAAAGCACUACAGACAAAGUUUUGAACAAAGUGAAUGCUUGCAUUCAGGACUUUAUUUCUGAAAAAGUGCUGGAUCCACAAACUGUCGCUAUCUCUAAAACGCUUACUAAAAGGCAUGCAAAAAAUAUUUGUUUGCUGACUGUUUCACCGACUUUCACGCAUGCUGAAUAUCGUUCAAGAUCAAGAUCACACGAAUACAUGUUUCGGGUUUUACUUCCGAAUGUAGCAGAUAGAGUGGAACCUGUACGAUUGAAUUUACCAGCUGCACAAGAUAUAUCUGUAUGUGAAGCUGUUGAUUACUGCAUCCGGUUGGUAUCACGUAAGGUAGUGGAAGUGCAUCGAAAAUAUCCAGAUCUUAAAAUUGUUUUGGUCGGUUGGGGAACAUCUUGUGUUAUAAAUCAUCAGGUCGUUCAGUGUAUGCCAAAUGUAUCCGCUAUUAUCAAUUUUGCCUUUCCGAUGAAGACAGCCGAUGGACCACGGGGUGAUGUUGACGAUGAUAUACUACUUACAUACUGUCCAACACUAUUUGUUAUUGGCGAUCAGGCGACUGACUGUGAUGUCCGUGAUCUGCAAGUUAUGGCAACAAGAAUGAUUGCCCCCACGGGAGUAAUUGUUGUUGGUUCAUCAAAUUGUGAUUUGCAUCCCUCAACAUUGCGGUUAACCAUCGAGCGAUUUACUCGUCGAACCGUACAGAGAGCCUUACUGGAUGAUGUAGUCGAUUUCCUGCAAUUAUAUUGUUCCUCAUCAACCACACACUCCUUUCGUUUGCAUCCACUAAAGCUUGUUGAAGUGAAUGAUGUAGAUUUGUCAAUUCUGCGUACUUCCAGUCUUUUCUCGGGUAGUCAGACCAAAUCAACUAAACCCGGCUCUAUAUUAAAAGCUGGCAAAUAAGGUCACUGAAUAUUCUGCUGAAAAACACUUGUAAGAAAUGUCUUAGAGACGUUCCAUACAGGACCAAUAUCUUUCCGCAAAAUGUGAAUCUCAUUAUGCUUUUCAGAUUACGUAUGUAUUUAUAUAGUUCACGCGUUCCAUUUAGUUGUCAUUUAGUUUGUUUAGUUGUUAGUUAUUUUAAGGUUGUACGAGUAACAUAUCAACUUGUCCCACAUUGAAAUAGCAAAAUGAGUUAGUAAUGUUCGUGUUACAUAUAAUUCAGUAACAUAUUUACUAUGGGCUCACUAAUGGCAUUACUUUCUUC